UGUGAGCGGUAGCACGUCGAACUUUUUAACUCCCCAAUAAUCGCAUAGCACCCUUUCCGUCUUGUGCUAGUGCUAGUGACCUCGCGCUGAUGUGUAGUGACAAUCGGGUGUAAACAUCUAGAGUGUUGUGAUGAUGACGUCGGACUUUACUUGGAGCAUGCUUUGGUACAGCUUCAAAUGUUAGCGCGACAGUAUUUCCCGCUGGUCUCGUCGGUGAAUCCAACCAUGAUGCCUUUGGCACCGACACCUAUAGUGGCAGUGCCUUCGAAGCCCAAGAUAGGCUUCUCCAUCGACUCCAUAGUCGGCGGGGCAAGUCAGGGAAGCCCCCAGCUCUCCCCUGUGCAUUACUCAGAGAGUUCAGCCCCCUUAUCGCCAAGCAGUGACGCGGAAAAUAGACUCAACGGUUCUCCCAAGCACUACUCCCCGCAAAGAUCUUCCGACGGAUCCCCUCAGCCUCCCAUCAUGGUUCCUGGUAUCCCCGCACAUACCUUAGUGAGGCCUAAUCCUACGUACGAUCCUAACUUGGUGCCGAAAAACGGGUUUCUGCAGCCUGAGAUGAUGCACAACCAUGGGCAGCAUCCUUUCGCGUUGGCGGCCCAUUUCCAAGGGGCCGCUUUAGCGGCGGCAUUGAGCUCCGGACAGCAUGGGUUUCCAGGACAACCGUCACCCAUGCAGCAUACCCAGCCCAGAGACAGUUAUCCCUUGUACCCGUGGCUGUUGUCGAGGCAUGGGAGGAUAUUUCCUCAUAGGUUUCCUGGAGGUCCAGACAUUCCAGGAUUCCUUCUCCAACCCUUUCGAAAACCAAAGAGGAUAAGGACGGCCUUCAGCCCGUCGCAACUCUUGAAAUUGGAACACGCUUUCGAGAAGAACCACUAUGUAGUAGGCGCUGAACGGAAACAAUUGGCGCAGUCAUUAUCACUAACGGAAACUCAGGUCAAAGUAUGGUUCCAGAAUAGAAGGACGAAACACAAAAGGAUGCAGCAAGAAGAAGAAGCCAAAACGAACCAUUCCGGUAGCAAAUCGGGUUCCCCCAGUUCACAAAACAACACACACCACGUGAACAAGUGGAAAGAAGAAACAGCAGACGAAUACGGGGAGUACAUCGAUAUGGAUAUGGAAGAUGAAUGUGUUAGUGAUGUGGAAAGCGAGUCAUAGACAAGACUUGUAGCUCCUUUGUAAAUAUUCUUCCGGUGCAAAUAUAUUGGUAUUUCAUUCGGAUUGAGUGGUGGGGGAUUGUGAGAGUUUGAGAAGACUGAGAGUAGAGUAGAGACCUGUUAUUUUCAUAUAUCGCUCUGGGUCUGUGAUUCAGUUAUGAUGAGAGUUGCUCAAAACAAGUUGUCCAAUAGUGAUGAGAUGAUCAGAAAUUUUCUGAGUUGAAUGAAAUGCUACAUUUUUACUUUCACUGUUACUGUAAAUGCCUAGUCAUGGCAUUGACAUUAACAAACUCCCCAAAAAUGAAAGCAUUUUAAAUCUGACAAUAUUUUUUGACAUCUUUGAUAUGUAAAUAUAAAUUUUCAGUUCACAAGUUAGAAAAUUUCUCAGGACGAUAUUGGAAAAAAUUGAUUUAACUUUAUUCAGUGUCAUAUUAUCAAUGAUUUAGUUAAUCAAAAUAAUCAAUUCAAGACAAAUAAGUCUUUUCUUGAAAGGAGUCAUUUUUUUUCAUUUAUAAAUUGAACAAUGAUGAUUAAAAUAUGGUCAAAACUGUAUCAAUCCUGAAAAAAGCACAUUCUCAUCAUAAUUUCCAUUCCCAGCACUGAAAUUGAAUAAAUAUAUUACUAUCACCAAUAACUAUGAACCUUCCGUUGGUCAAUCUGGUAAUCAAACGAACUAGAGGUAGGAAACCCAAUCAAUAAGUAUAGCUGGAUGAAAAACAUAUUCUACAAAUUAUUUUUCACAGUGCAGGUAUCGAAAUAAGUAUUUUUCUCAGUGUGAGCCGAAUCCGCUCAUCUCUCAUUUCCCCAAACCUCUCGCACGUAUGGUACCAAUGAGGUUAUGUAUUAGAGUGAAAGUCGGACAAAUCCAGUGACUUGACGCAGUUGCAAUAAAAACCCUAAAACAAUUACCAGUGCCAAUGUUUGAGUGCCAAACUUGUCUUUUGUCAGUGCCAACUGCAAAAAAGAAAAGUUCCGUUGUUAUUUAGUUGAAUGAACAGUGUACAUAGAAAUUAUUUAUUUCGUUUAUACAGAAUUUUAUAUUUAUUUUCCCUGUACAUAUCUUGGUAUUACAAAGUAUUACUGUCGGUUUUUUUUCGAGUGAUGUAGAUGUGGUAAAAUAAUUUUUGAUACGGUCCAGUUAAAAUUUGGGGGAACAUUUCCAAAAAAGGUUCAAGCUGUAACUGUUUACUAGACACUUAAUUUUUCAACUAUUUUUCUGUGAUGACUGUAAAUAAUUUUUAGUAUUUUAACAUAUCUACAGUUUCCUAAAAUGAUAAGUGUGUGUAAAUGUUUGUUGAUAUCGAUUUUCUACUUGUAAAUUUGUAUUAUUGGUCGGAUUCAAGUGCCAGGGCUAUUUUGAAAUGGCACUGGCCCGAUCUGAAAAUGUAGAAAUUUCAAGAUGUUGAGUUUCAUGUACUUAAAUUCUGUAAGUAUAGAAUAUGAA